AGUGAAGAAAUUCGUCAAUAUGCAGUAUCAGAAGCGAUAAAAAUUUUAGAAGCUGAUAUUAGUAAUAUGACAAAGAACUUAAUUUCAUGGGCUCUUCGGAGAAUUUGCGAAUAUACUGAACUUCAAGAAAAUGUACCUAAUAGAUUAUGUGACUUAUUAACACAAGUAAAUUAUGAAAUUCAGGUGCAAGUGAUUACUACACUAUUAAAAUGUGUUUCAAAAAUGAAACAUUGUCCAGAGAAUAUAAUAGAGUGUGUAGCGAAAUGCUAUCAAUUAUCAUCUAGAGAUGUAAAACAA